AUGAGGGCACUCAUCCUGUUUGAGUGUCUGACGAACCAGGCUAUUUUCCCCACACCAGUGCACAAGUUGUUCCACCUCUUCCCGAUAUGCCUGAUCCUUGUUGCUAAUCAGGCCCACGACCAUGUGGAGGGUGAGGGUCAAGGUCGCAUUCUUCAACGGUUCCCUGAGAAAGACUGGGAGGACAGCCCGUUCCCACAAGGCGUAGAGCUGUUUUGUCAGCCCAGCGGUUGGCAGCUGGUUCCUGAGCGGCAGCCGGCCUCCUUCUUUGUUGCAGUUCUCACUGACAUCAACUCAGAGCGUCACUACUGUGCCUGCUUUACUUUUUGGGAGAGUUUGGACAAUCCACAGCUAAAGAAGAAUGAGGCGGGAGUGGCAGAUGAGGCAGACGAAGAGCUGGCUGUCAUCCAACCAGCUAAAGUCUUUGCACCCAAGAGCCUAGUGCUGGUGUCUCGACUGGACUACACCGAGGCAUUUAGGAACUGUUUGAGUCUGAUCUACACCAUUCAUGCAGAUGGCCUGUCCGCCACCUUGGAGACUGUGAUUGGAAACCUCCUGACCUGCGUUAUCCCCAUCGCUGGAGGAUCUCAGAGAACUAUCACGUUAGGCGCUGGAGACCGGCAAGUCAUUCAGACUCCCAUCAACGACUCCCUUCCUGUCAGCGGCUGCAGUGUGGCUCAGCUAUUCAGGCAGCUGGGUAUAGUCAACGUGCUGUAUCUGUUCUGUGCUGCUCUGACAGAACACAAGAUCUUGUUCCUGUCCAGCAGCUACCAGAGAUUAACCGACGCAUGCCGAGGUCUUCUGGCCAUCAUGUUCCCACUCAAAUAUAGUUUUACCUAUGUUCCCAUUUUGCCUGGAAAACUACUAGAGGUCCUGAGCACUCCCACCCCCUUCAUCAUCGGUGUUAAUUCAUUCUUUCGUUCUGAGACACAAGAACUGGUAGGUUUUCAUGACUGUAGUCUUAAAAAACGAGACAUUUGUUUCAGAAGAAAUUGAUAACUCUGAUAUAAAAAAAUGUA